AUGUACGAUAUGGCGCUGCUAUUGCAUUGGGAAUCUCGUGCGCAGGAUCUGGCUAUAAGUAAUCAUCCAUAUCAUCAAGUAAUAUGUUUCUCUUGUGAUCAUAAUGGUCAUUAUUAUUAUGAUUAUUAUUAUUUAUUGUGUGAAUAUACCGACGGUGGAAAUCUGAUUCUGUGCAGUAACAAUCAUGGCAUGAAUAUGCCGAUCAUUUGCGGCGUACACUCGAAAAUUUUACAUUUGUCUACCAUCAUCAGAAGCAUGUUUCCGGAAGUAGGUACUCAGGACAAGGAAGUGCCGCGCAGAGACGGGAAACGAGUGUAA